AUGCUGCUGGUGUUUCCUGAUCGACGUAGCGGCUAAGUUGGUCUAGAAUUGCGUUAUUUCGCAGAACGUGCUGGAAGUAAUCGCUUCGAAAUUAGUACGUUGUUAUAAUUACAGAAAUACGCGAAAAUAGUGUAGUGGUCGCGUCUGCUCUGCUAUCCUUAUUUUUAUUCAGGUUUAUUUACUUCUAGGCCUACCUUUUGCGCUGUAAUCCGUGUAGUGUGUAAUGUGAUCUGCUCGAGAUGUGUGAUCUGGCGGUUCUGACUGUGCGACUGGUUCGCUCUUUUGAGCAUCGCAACUUUAAACCGGUGGUUUACAAAGACGUUAAUUUAGAUCAGACGUCGGAGGAGUUUAUUACAUUUGUUAAACAAGAUGUUUCAACAAGAGCUGGAUUGCCUCCACCUUUUAAGAAGUUUGACUAUGACACAAUGAAGAUCAUACACCAGGCACACGGAGCAAAGACAAACGAGCUGGUAAUGAGUUUAGAGGAUGAUGAAAAGUUGAUUCUUCAUGAUGGCUGCAGGUUAAGAGCAUGUGGUGUUGCCAAUGAGACCGAACUCGCCUUCUUCAAAAUGGAAGACUAUGAAAAGUUCAAGGCCAAUCCACAGACAGAAUGGUGAACACAAUCAGGAUGCAACACAAGAGUGAACAGAAACAGAGAGCUGAAGGUCUUGAGGUAUUUUGUGGAUCUGAGCAGAGCUCUAGUGUGUCCCUCUGACAGAAGAUCACAGCUGGUGUAAACUGUACCAUAACACAAACAUCCAGUCAAAAUACUCAACUAUAAAAUUGUCCAUAUUGUAACGUGGAAUGUGUUUUUGACUUUCCUUUCACUUUAGAGAUUUUUAAGACCAGCAUCCUUACUGUUGACCACUUCACUGCCAAAUGUAUGUCUGUUUAACACUUCAUUUUAUAUAAGUCCUUGAUUGCACCAAGAUCAUAGCUGUUCUUGUAAUCAUUCUCAGACCUUCAUGGUAUUCCCUUAGCCACCAAAUGGUGGUGCUGUGAGACUGGACAGUUGUGUUUACUCUCCCAACCCAGAGGAUUUUUGUCAGUCUGGUGAAGAUGGAUUGAGAAGGAAGCAACGGCACACCAGAACAAUGCAGGGUAGAAUUAAAGCCAAUAUGUAGCUUGGUGUCAUGUAGAAUGGAUAUGCCUCAACGUGGAAGUCAAACCCCCAAACAAAGAAAGAGUGUGUGCAUGUUGGACAGAGUCAGAGCAAUGUAGCCCAAACCAGACUAAAGGAAGACGAGAGAGAAAACUUUAUUCAAAAAGCUGUGAUUGUGCUUUUGGGUUGAAUGUGCUAAUUUGUAUGCUGAUCAAAGACACUUCCAAAACUAUGUACGUUUGAAGUAAUUUCUUCCAAGCCUAAAAAUAAACAGUCAAUACAUUUUACACCAAAACUAGCAAGACAUGACUAGCAUCAACAUGUAGUGUGACGGAUCAAGUGUGACACAUUGGAAAUUAAGAACUAGGCCUUCAAGAAACACAUUUUGAAUUUUCUGGUACAGGGUUUGUUCAACCCCAGUGACGUGCACAAGAGGGGGUUGGGCCCUGGCCCUCUGAGGUCUGCGAUUUCUGCUGAGGCUAGGGAUGUGUGAUAUGAAGAUUUUUGAUCAUGGAUGAUAAAAAUUUCUCCACGAUCCGCUUUUGAAGAAAUACUGUAUUGUAGCACAUUCUAUCAGCUGCAAUACAUUAACAUCAGUGUUAACUCAGAGUUGAGUUACUCUCACGGGACACUGCACUUAUUAACACAAUAUAGAAAAUGUUUGCAUCUGCUUUAAAGCCUUAAUGGUUAUUUAAAUAUUUAAUCCGUGUGCUUUUCUGACAUUCUAUUUUUCUGAAAACAAUUAAAACACGGAACAAAAAAUAAAAAGCCCAUCAAACUGUACCUGAAUUACUGAUCUAAGUUAUGUUUUGUGCUAAUACUUUAAAAAAAAAACAAAUCAAAACAAAAAACACAAGGUUUAUGUAUAGCCUCAGUUGGAUAUGUCUAAAAUGAAAGUAAACAACUGGAAAAAAUAGAUUCUUGUCUGUAUGUUAGAUGCGUGCAGGUCUUAAAGGGAUAGUUCACCCUAAAAUAUAAAUUAUGUCAUUGUUUAUUCACUCGCAUGCUUUCUCAAACCUAUGGGCUGCUGUUUGAAAAAUAAAAUGUGUAAUAAAAAGUGGUAAAA